UUAUACGAGUGUCCGUUCGUUUACGGAAAUUAUUACUAAAAUGAGUUUUAACAAUAAAGUGGUGUUGGUAACAGGCGCCAGCUCAGGUAUAGGAGCUGCGAUUGCCCAGAAAUUUGCUGAAGAAGGAGCUGAUGUAGCAAUAGUAGGAAGAAAAGUGGAUAAAUUGAGGAAUGUCUCCGAAAACAUUGCAAAGGUCGGUAACAAGCCGCUAGUAAUAGUCGCUGAUGUGACGAAAGAAAGUGAUGGUCAAAGAAUCAUCGACGACACUCUAAAACAAUAUGGAAAGCUCGAUGUGCUGAUCAAUAACGCAGGCGUUGGUGGAGCAUCUAACAUCUUAGAGGAAGAUGCAAUGACAGCAUUUGACCGUAUUAUGGCGACCAACCUUCGCUCAGCCGUAUAUCUGACCCAUCUAGCUGGCAAGCACCUGUUUGAAACGAAGGGAAAUAUUAUAAAUAUCUCCAGUGUGGCUGGACAGCAAGCUAUGGCACAAGCAUUCGCUUACUGCACGUCUAAAGCUGCACUCAAUCAUUUCACAAGAUCAGUGGCACUUGAAUUUGCUUCGAAAGGAGUUCGCGUGAACGCCAUAUGCCCUGGUCCUGUGAAGAGCGAUAUCUUUGAAAAUGUGGGCUUCAGCGCGGAAAUUAUACCAGCUUUGUGGGACAUGAUGCUUCAAAUGACACACCUUAAAAGGAUAAGCGAUCCGCUGGAAAUUGCUGAACUGGCAUGCUACUUGGCAAGCGAUAAGGCUGUUGGCAUUACGGGGUCAAUAUUUGUCAGCGAUAAUGGGGUUCUGCUGGGUUCUAAUGCUAAAUCUUAAUUUGUAGCUUAUUGCCUAUUUUAGAGAGACGUUGUUAAUCGUGGUUGUUGUAACAUUAAAUGCUGGCUAAGGACUGUUUUGAUUCCUAUCAUUUUGCGUGCAUUACCCACGUAUUUAAACAAACAGGCAAUGUCUGUCGCGGCUUGUAGAUUAGGGUUAUCAAGCUUUUUAUCAGUGGGUCAUAAAAAUGGCCAACUAAUGCAAAUUGUGUAUAAUCUGUGUGCAGGACGCGAGGUUAUCCUCUUGAUAUUUUGUAAUCAUACUACGUAAGUACAAAAUAAUUGCUAAUAGGGACUCAAGUAUGUACUUGUAGAUUACCUACACUUGGCCUUCAUGUGUUACAUUACAAAUGAUGUUACAUGAACAUGUUACAAAGUGAUCAAUUACGUACAGAAACAUCAAAUAUAGAAAAAGUAUUGGCAUACGAACAUUGCAAUUCAACGUUAAAACCAAAUAUAGCGUCUUUUGAGUUAUUUACAAUCUUUCACGCUGCUCAUUCAAAAUUAAAAACAAAAUAUGGCGAGAAAUGCCUGCAAUCCCUGAAACACGAAGUAAAGCAAUAAUUUAGAAAGGCUGAAGUCGUAUAGCAAACUAAUAGCGCGUUCAUUUCGCCUCGGGCAAGCAAGAACCAAUAAAUAAAGCACAAACCUGGUCAAGCCCGAACCUUAAUAAAAAGGGAAAAGCAAUGUUUUUCACGAAAAUAUUAAUAAAUAUUUUGAAAACGGAAUAAUUUUCUGGUAGCCGUUGGAAAAUAGCUAAGAAUCAGGCGUAGAAAAUGAUGAUGAUGACCAAUAUGACUAUGCCUUGACUUUCACAUUCAAACGUGAUCCUAAAGUGAUCUUUUAUUGUAACAUCCUGUCGCCUAAACCAUGUAAUAGUUUUGACCAGUGUCAACGUGUCAAGAAAUUGGUCGUCAACCACUUUAGUCCGAAAUUGGCCGCAGUUCAUUGUAUUCUUAUUAUCUACUGAAUUAUUUAAUUACCUAUUAAUAUAAAAGAUGAUAUUACGGGUAAUUGACUUAUUAUUGCUGAAUAAACUAUUUAUUGAAAAUACAUUAUAUUACAUACCUACGAGUACAUAAAAGCAAAAGUAGGUACAAGCAAAUGUAAUGUCAGCAUUACGUAAUUUCAUUUGAAAACUAAUUCAAUAUUCAACAUGUAUGCGUUACGUCAUACCGCAUUUGAAAUUCAUUCAUGAAAAUGUUGUUUUGCUAUUGUGUAAUAGUUUUUAAUACGUCACAAAAUAUUUCAGUUGCGUCUCAACAUUAA